UGGUAGAAUGUGAGUUCUAGAGGAUGUGGCAGAUAGAUUUGGGGAGUCAAAAAAAAUUUGCAAAUAUUAACUACUAUAUAUAAAAAUAGUUAAAAAUAAAUUGCUUCUGUACAGCACAGGGAACUAUAUUCAGUAUCUUGUAAUAUCCUUUAAUGAAAAAGAAUAUGAAAACGAAUGUAUGGAUGACUGGGACAUUAUGCUGUACACCAGAAACUGAUACACUGUAACUGAUUAUACUUCAGUUUAAAAAAUAUUAGUUUUUUGCUCUUUCUCUUUCGGUUCAAGGCGAUUCAGGAUCUCCCGGUUCCGGUGCAGGCAUGGCCAAGUCAAAGAACCACACCACACACAACCAGUCCCGAGAAUGGCACAGAAACAGCAUCAAAAAACCCCGAUCACAGCGAUCUGUAUCUCUUAAGGGGGCGGACCCCAAGUUCCUGAGGAACAUGCGCUUUGCCAAGAAGCACAAGAAGGGCCUGAAGAUGCAGGCCAACAACGCCAAGGCCACGAGUGCACCUGCCGAGGCUGUCAAGGUUCUCGGAAAUCCCAAGGAGGUCAAGCCCAAGAUUCCAAAGGGCAGCAGCCACGAGCUCAGUCGACUUGCUCACCCCAAGCUCGGGAAAUGUGCUCGUCCCCGCGUCGCCAAGGGUCUCAGGCUCUGUCGGCCAAAGGCCAAGGCCAAGGCUCAGACCAAGGCUGCAGCUGCAGCUCCAGCUCAGGCUCAGGCUCAGGCUCCCAAAGGCGCCCAGGCCCCCACAAAGGCUCCAGAGUAAAGGCUUUCAUCUAUUGAUGUGAGGAUAUAAGGACUAGUGUGACCCCUGGGCUGCUGUCUGCAUGGGGCUCAUGUCUAUCUGUGCUGUUUGUACAAAUAAACCUGAGGCAGG